GUUUUGUUUCCCUCCUCUCCUCCUCCUCGUCUCUCUCAUCGCUCUCUUCUCCCCCUUAACCCACCCUCGAUUAGGGUUAGGGUUUCCGCCUUGCUCCGCAUCGCCAUGGAUUCGCAGCAGCCGCAGCAACACGAUCGCUCGCAGGGGCUUCAGCCGGAGGGCGAGCUCGAGUACCAGCGCCUGCCGCCGCCGCCGCAGCAGCAGCAGCAGCAGCAGCAGCCGCAGCGGCGGCGGCCGCAGCCUCCGCCUCCGUCGUCUGGGGGCGAUCUCGUCGGCAUCGGAGUGAUGGUGUUGAUCUCGGUCGCUUUCGUUCUGAUAGUGUUUUCAUCCUCUAUGUCGACGUCAGGCAGCAGCUGGUACAUCCUGCAUCAAGUUCCUGAAGGCCAUGUGGGUGUAUAUUGGAGAGGUGGCGCUCUUUUGAAAACAAUUACUAAUCCAGGGUUUCAUCUGAAAUUGCCUUUGGUUACGAAGUUUGAGCCCAUACAAGUCACCCUUCAGACGGACCAGGUAAAGAAUAUACCAUGUGGUACAAAAGGUGGUGUUAUGAUUAGCUUCGAUAAGAUAGAGGUUGUGAAUCGACUUAGAAAAGAAUAUGUCUAUGAAACUUUGCUCAAUUAUGGCGUACAUUAUGAUAAGACGUGGAUAUAUGAUAAGAUUCAUCAUGAAAUAAAUCAGUUCUGCAGUGCUCACACCCUGCAGCAAGUUUAUAUCGACAUGUUUGAUCAGAUUGAUGAAAAGAUGAAAGAGGCUAUUCAAAGAGAUUGCACACAGUAUGCUCCUGGAAUUGAAAUUAUCGGUGUUCGUGUUACAAAGCCAAAUAUCCCUGCCAGUAUUAAGAGGAAUUUUGAACUUAUGGAGGAGGAACGCACUAAGGCUUUAAUCGCCAUGGAGAGACAGAAGGUCGCAGAAAAGGAAGCCGAAACCCAGAAGAAAAUAGCUCUCUCAGAAGCAGAAAAAAAUGCUCAGGUCAGCAAAAUUCUUAUGGAGCAAAAGCUAAUGGAAAGGGACAGCGCCAAGAGGCAACAGGAGAUCGAAAAUCAAAUGUACGUCGCACGUGAGAAGAGCCAAGCUGAUGCUAGCUUUUACAGAGUGACGAAAGAAGCAGAAGCUAAUAGACUGAAGCUCACACCCGAGUAUCUUGAACUCAAAUUCAUUGAAUCGAUUGCCAAUAACUCGAAAAUCUUCUUUGGAGACAAGGUACCGAAUAUGGUGAUGGAUCAGAGGUUGCUCGGCAAUUUUCUCAGCGGCAUCGCUCAAAGGGAUCAUGUAGAGAUAUAGCAAUAAGCAGUUCGAAUCAACUGCACAAUUUUGGAUUUUUGAAGGGCCAUCUCGCUACUCACUCUUGCUUUGUUUGAACUAACUGUGCAGUUUGAAUUAGCGACGACUUCUGGGGUUCCUACCAAAUGAUAGCUAUUUCUGAUUAGCUAUUCUGGGGGCGCACGGGAACGCAUCGAAACUCAAUACCAAACAAGCCCGAAAAAUCAUGCGACUUUUUCUGUAGUUGAUCUUGGCUUUUGUUUCAAGUUCUUUUGGUUUUCUUUUUCACUUUUUACUCUCUCGAUAUUUCUAUGUGAAAAGAUCUCUCUCUCUCUCUCUCUCUCUCUCUCUCUCUCUCUCUCUAGGUGUUGUUUGCCAACAUAUAAUGAUUUGUUUUACUUUUGGGGAGAAUUAUGUCAAUGGAGAGUUGUUUUAAGUUUUCCUGUAUAUUA